CAGUUCGGGGAACAGUAGUUCGUCAAGCAGCAGCAACUCGGGAAGUAGCAACUCGGGGAGUAGCGACUCAGAAAGUAGCAACUUGGGAAACUAUAGCUCGGGAAACAACAGCUCGGGAAACUAUAGCUCGGGAAACAACAGCUCGGGAAACUAUAGCUCGGGAAACAACAGCUGGGGAAGUAACCAGAACUCAUCAUCAAGCAAAAAUCCAGUUUCAAGCGGUGGAAUUAGCAAAAGCACUAUCGUUGGCUUAG